CAUUUCUUCUUCCCCUUCUCCUCGUUCCCGGUUGAGUUUAUCAACAAAAAAAAAAAAAAAGUUCCGCUUCUCCAAGAAAGCAGGGAGCGAUGGCGACGGGUUGGAGGACCGGCGGCGCCGCCGUCCAUCCUUCCGCAUUAUGGGAAGACCAUACGGACGACAAGGAAUUAUCAUAUCUAAUGGAAAACAAAGAUCCCCAAGUCCAGCUUUCAACCAAUCAAGGUUUCCCUGAAGAACUUCCAUAUAUUCUAACAUGUGAUGCAUCCGAAACAAUUGCUGGUUUUGAUAAUGUUGAGUGCACUGGAACUCAGUCGGUUACCAUUCCCAAUCCUCAAGAAGAUGCAGUUGCUGAAAAAGGAUCAGAAACUCCUAAAAUACAUAGCCAGGCCAAUGUGAUUGAAUUACCUCCACUGCAUUCGCCAGUUCAAGCAAGUCAGUGCCAUCAGUCAAAUUUGAUCUCUAUCAGCUUGCUUGCUUCUGCUCCUGGAAUAGAUGUUGGACAAGCUAUAAAAGUUUUAUUCGGGGAUAAAGCUGCAUCAGCUGCCAUUGAUGAACAACCAAAUCAACCUGUUGACUCUAGCACUAGUGACUUGACACAAGCAAAAAUGGGGAUGUUCCAUUCCCGGUCCAUACCAGUGGGAAGUUCAUAUGGCACGACAGCUGCAGUGGGAAAAUUUAAUGGUCCAUUCGAGGAUCAGCAAAGGAUGCGAAGAAGCUAUAGUUCAAGGGACAAACGUUUUGAUCCUUUCAAGACGUGGUCCGGAAGACUCGAAAGGCAGUUAUCCAACUUACGUGGAAAGCCACAGGAACCAGAUGUGGAGGCUAAUGAUUUGGAGAUUAAGGAAAUCGAGGCUGUGCCAGCAGUAGAAUGCUACGUCGAUGCCUUAGAAGGGCCUGAAUUAGACACUUUAAGGACGAAAAUGAACUGGCUGGAAGGUAGGCUCCAGUGCAGUUCCGUUGCACUGUCAACCUCAGACAUUGGAUUGCGAACAUGGGCAAUGGUUUUUGGUUCUCAAUAUUAA